UUGCGAUUCCCAAGUGUGGCCGGCACAUCGCCAACUGAAAGCUCUUUGAUGAUGAAUCCGCAUAUGGCUGAGGACAUUACCGUCUUGGAGCAGUAUCUAUCAUCGCAAGCCAUCGAGGGCAACGCAGCAGCAAAACUCUACAACACCGUCUCCAGUGUUCCAGGUCAAAAUCCAAUUGUCUAUUUGACAGUUCCGAGAAGGCGUAAAGGACUAGCUUCCGCAGUUGACCCUGGCAGAGUUCAAAGGGAGAUUAUCGAGCAGAUUCUGAGCCCCUUUGCCGCAGAGGUGCGAAAGACGUACUUUAACCAUCUCCAUCCAUGCUUUCCGAUCGUGGACGAGAAAACAUUUGCGGAUAUGUGGCACAAGAACAACGACCGCAUUUCUUCAACGUUGCUAUGCGAUAUGUAUGCUUCUGCCCUGUCCUUCUGGAAGAGUUCCGAGAUACUUCGCCAACACCCGAGACCUGAUCCACACUUCAUCUGGAACCAGGCUGUAGCUGCUUUACAAGAUGACUUCAUGGCUCCAACAAUAUCGACAGUCCAUGCCGCUUUACUGGACAUGAUUGGUCGCCCCGUCAUCCAAGUCACGGGAAACAUAGUCAACGCCGGACGCGUUGUAACGCUUGCACAGAGUUUGGGCUUGCAUAGAGACCCGACCCUUUGGAAAGCAACAGCGCAUGAGAAAAGCGUUCGCAUAAGGAUCUGGUGGGGCGUUCUUAUCCAUGAUUACUGGUCAAGUAUUAGCCAUGGAAACCCACCUUUGAUCCAUUCGCGGUUCUACGAUGUUCCUGUUCCUUCGCUCGAGGUUCUGGCUACAUCACGACCUUCUGAAAGCCACCAAAGGGCUGCAUCGUCAUUCAUCUAUCUGUGCAAGCUUAGCCGGAUCCUGGGCGAGGUUCUGCCUUUUGUGUAUUCGCUCGAGUUUGACUCGGUCGAGUUAUGGCGGAAUCUGCGUAAAAUCGAGUGUUCGUUAGAUGACUGGUUGUUGGAACUUCCAGAGUUCCUUCGCCUUUCCGCACCGUCAACCAACAACUCAGUCAACGGAUCCAGCAACUUGUGGUUUUCAUACCUAUCGGUCAAAGUGUUAUUAUGCCGGCUAGCAUUCAAAGCAACCCUGAAAGACCCAAAGCCACCCACACCCGAAACUCGUCAAUACCGACUAGCGAUGCUGAGAGAAGCCGCAUCAGAAGUGACCGAUUUCGUCACCUCGCUGACCGAAGCUCAGCUCGAGGAAUUCUGGAUGCCCUACACGUCUUACCUGCUAGUGACAACUGCUACCAUCCUUCUCCGCUGCACAGUAGAAUGCGGCGACAUCGAAACCAAGAAGCUGUGCACAACUAAACUAGUCGACUUCAACGACCGACUACAACGGGCGCGCGAAGUCGGAUGGGAUCUUGCUGAGUUCUGCCUAGACAGGUGUUCUGAGCCGAUUCAGAAAAUCGCCAAUGCUCUUGGGAUAUUGCCGCGAAUCACUGAGUCACAGACAAGGGUGACUGAUCAAGUAGACAACGGCUUGGUUUUGGAUCGCGCUCUCGCGGAAGCUCCAGCCGUCGACACGACUUCAAUGCCCGACUUCUUUCUUCCGAUCGAUUCGCUUGACUAUCCGUGGGAAACGCUCUGGGAUACUUUUGAAGGCCCAUGGCCCAUACAGAUAUGA